AGAUCUAUCCAGGAAGCCACAGGACGAGGCGCUCCUGGGCAUCGACGCGCUCCGCGAGUGGCGGGGCCAGGGCUCGCGCCUCGUGGCCGCCAUCACCAGCACCGGCCUCGAGCGAGCCGUCGCGCGCGAGGUGCGGCUGGGUUCCGGGCAGCCCAGCGCGCUGCUGGGGAGCCGCGUGUGUUUCAGGGCCCGGUGCUGCACGGCGCCAGCCGCGUGGUGCCGCUCUUCGCCGCAAGCCUCGCCGGGCGCCUGGCAGCCCUGCGCCGCGAGGGCGACGUGCACCUGGCCGUGGCGCGGCACGUGGAGGGCCGGGCGCGCGGCGCCGCGGCCACGGUGCUGGCGCCGCGCUGGCAGGCGCGGGGCGCGGCGGGCACCCUCAGCUUCCGGCUGCGGCUGCGCGUGGACCGUCCGGGUGACGAGAGGCGCGCGCUGGGACCAGAGGUGGAGUGGGGGCGGCUGAAGGCCGCCGUGCGCGCCGGCGUGGAGGCGGCCACGGGCUGGCGGCACGAGCCGCGGGGCCGGGAGGCGGACGUGGGCGUCGUGGCGCUGCUGGGGGCGGGGCACCUGGGCCUCGGGGUGGAGGCCCCCGAGGCGGACCGCGAGCGGGGGGUGCCUUUCCCGUGGAGCGCCGUGCCGCGCGCCGGCAUGGACACGCACCUCGCGGGCGCCAUGGCCGCCCUCGCCGCCGAGGCCGCGGGCCCGAGCGGCGGGCGGGCCGUGGUGGACCCAGCCUGCGGCCUGGGCACGCUGUUGCUGGCGGCCGCGCGCGCCUGGAAGUCGGCGGCGAACUCCGAACCCUACCCUCGCCUCCGAGGAGGAGGGCGAACACGAAAAACUCGAGCGAAAAUGUGCACAGUCGGACCGCGGCAUCAGAUCGGGGUCGGUUCGGGGAGGGUGCCCUAGUGUUCUUCGUGCUCGUGGGAUGUUUUUGUGCAUCCUUGGGGGGGUACCCUUGGAUGUUUUUUUCUGGCCUAGGUUCGACUGUAUUGCCAUUUUCGGCCUCUUUCGGCCAAGCAUGCGAAGAGAGUCUGCGAGAGCCAUGCGUAUGAUUUUCGACAGCUCGCGGCAAUCCCAGCAGAAGCCUGGAAAGCCGCUGUGCGACACUACUGCCCAUAGUGUUGCAUUACUGCCCAUGUGCUUCGACACCCGGAUUGCAUUCAUUCAUUCGGGGCCCGGGACCGUCUGAAAUUGGUCCAUGUUGAGC